AUGGUUAGUCUAUUGAUUAAGAAUGAUGAUACACGAGAUGAAGUUAUGUCAUGCAUUUCCAAAAUUUAUCAUCAUCGUAUUUUAUAUAUUCUUAAAUUUCUUGAUCAUGGUUUUGAUGAAAUCUACUGGAUGGAUUCAAAUACAAUUGUUUAUCGAGAUUUGACAAAUUAUUUACGAGAAUUUCGAUGGUCCAACAAAUUAUUUUAUUUCAUUCUUGAUCAUAUCAUGUAUGAUUCAUCGUUUGUUACUAAAUGGAAACAACAACAUCCAGAUACAUUUAUACCACAAGCAUGCUUUAUGGGUUUUAAGUCAUCAUGUAUGAGAACAUUUUUUGGUUUGUGGAAAAAUGCAUGGAAAAUGUGGAUUGAACCAAAACCAUUUACAAUGUACCAAGACCCAAAUCCUGAUUUUUCUGGUUCAAGCUUUUGUACUGAACAAUAUGCGCUCGGUAAUGCAAUAUCUGACUUCAUAGCGCAAGAAGCAGUUUCACAUACAAAAGCAUAUGAUUAUAGAGAAUUUAUAUUUACAAUUGCACGAAAACUAAUUUUGAUUGAAUCAAAUGAACGACUAGAAACAUUUUAUCCAUCGUCCAAAUUACAAUCUUUGCUCCAAUCUUGGGCAUAUGUUUCAUCUUUUCCUUAUUCAUUCGGUCUCAACACAUAUUUUAUGAGGAAUUCGUUCUAUCGAAUAUCGAAUUAUCAAGGAUCUACAAACAUUUCUUUGUGGCGUUCAAUGUUUCGGUGUUCUUUCUCAUAUGGAGAUUCAUUUAUUGAUUCAUUUAUUGAUUGUUUAUUUCAUUUCUAUAAUCAAAACUAUGAAGCUGGUUAUGAAUGGUAUUUUAAAAACUUCAUCAAAUCGUAACUGAUCUUGUUAACAUUGACCUUUUUCAUUUGAUUGAAACAUCCAUGAAUAUGAUUUUCGAAACAACUGUGUGUAAUUUUUUCUUUGAUUUACAGAACUCAUUUUCAAACAGUGGAUAUGGGUGUGGAAUGAGUUUAGGUGUGAGUCUUCUCUUCAUCGAUCUCGAUACCAACACUGUAGUAUUUUAGAUUAUUCAUAAUUGAGAUCAUUUAUAUUUAUCACGCCUAAAUUAAAAACUUGUGAUACAUAAUGUUUUUAAAGUAUUAUCACUCGAUAUUUUAUUCGAAGAAAAUUUGAAAUCUUCCUGAAAAAAAAGUCUUUCAUUAAUUUUCAGGUAAACCAUUGAUUGUAUGACCUUGUUUCCAUGAUUGAAAUCGUAUUCAGACCAAUGAUUUCAACGCAUUAGUCGUUUAUUCAUGAGUGUUGUUUAGUCAUAUUAAUACAUUGCCUACUUCUGGAUGAAUAAAAUUAUAAAGAAGAAUCUUAAGAAGUUCUCAUCAAGUAACAACAGUAAUAUAAACGAUCUUGAACCAAUAUUUUUGUGCUAAUCUUAGACUUGUCAAGAAUUUUUUCUAUCAUAAUGAGCAGUUUUUUCUAUAAUGAUAUUUAGAACAAUGUGAAGUCAUACGCAAUCGUUAUGAAGUUCGAAACAGCCGAAAAUAUUAUUGAUUAUUCUACGUUGAAAAUAUUUAAUUCUCGAAGAAUGGGUUAGUUUGUUUCAAAAUCUCAUAGAAAAUACUUCCAACAUUUUUUGCUUCGCUCAUUACACAUGUGUGUAAAGAUGAGUGUUCAAAAGAUUUAUUAUGUUUCAUGCCUAAUACAUUGAGCUUGAUAUAUUCGUCAGGUGUUCUAUUUUCUUUCACGGGGACAGCUCAUCCUGUAUCGAUUUAAUAUAGAACUCAGAAUUAUCAUUAUCAUACAAAAGAAGACACUACACACUGAAAGUCUAUAUAGGUCAGAAGAGAAUACGAAUAUUAAUCUUGACAUUUAACGUACGUUCAGUUUAAAAUAAGAUGUAAUCAGAUUUUUAGCGUAUUUUUUACACCAUCCCACGGAAUUUUUUUUUUCGAAAAACCACUCGAAACCGCAGUUGGUAGCAGUCUUUUGAACCGUAGUGUUUUGAAACUGCGUUGCUCGUAUUCGUGAUCGCGGUUCUAUAUACCGCGGUAUUCAGUGAUGUAAAAAAUCGCAGUAUAAUAAUUGGAAACCGUGGUACUUUUAGUGCUUAAACCAUCGCGAUGGAAUGUGUAAGGAUGAAAAGGAUGUCGUGCCCUGCUAUUUUCAUGCAAAUUUUGAAUAAGUUUUCUUAUUCUAUCACUCACUAAAAAGUAACUUUGCAGUAAUAGAGCUUCUAAAAGUUCACUGCAAGUUUCUUGAAGGGCGGCUCACCUGAACUUUAUCAUAAUUUUAGGUCAGUCUGACUAUACCUGAAUCAGGUAUGGUCAUAGAAAUCGUGGUAUAUAGCGGUCUAAAAAAUACCGCGUUUUUCAGCGGUUUCAGAAAACCGUGAAAGUCAGACCUUUUAUGCUGUUUCGAAUACCGGUAAAAACCGCGGUUCUUGGCGGUUUUCAUAAACCUUAUAAAAGGUCUGACUUUAAGCGAUUUCGUAAAACUGUUAAUUACCGUAUUUUGUGAACCGCGCUUUCUUGUGGUUUUUGUUCAAAAAAGUUUCCGUGAAUUAUGGAAAGCCUCUAUGCGUAAUUACUAGCAAUAACAUAUUUUAGCCAUUGAAAUGCAAUUUACCAAGCGAUUUUUAACAAAAUAGUCGAAAAAUGCAGGUUUCUUGUAGUAUUUUGAUAGAAAAAAAUACUUUCUCAACGUAGCAGAAAAACGUAAUUCUGUAAAAACGUUUGAGUAAAACCUUCAGGAGAGUAGAUAGGAAGAUCUUUUUUUAUAUGUGAAUCGAUGCAUUUUUAUUUUCUCAAUCCAAUGGUAAAAACUGUAGGUCUCUAUCCAAGGGGGAAAAAUCUCAUUCGGGCAUUCCGAGCCAUUCCCAGCCAUUCCAAUCCACUCCGAUCCAUUCCAAUCCACUCCGAUCCAUUCCAAACCAUUCCAAUCCAUUCCGAUCCAUUCCAAUCCAUUCCGAUCCAUUCCUAGCCAUUCCGAUCCAUUCCAAUCCAUUCCGAUCCAUUCCAAUCCAUUCCGAGCGAAACACAUAUAUCCAGCAUUUGUCUGCUACCGAGUCAAAGAUCAAGGGUCAAAGGUAGGGGUGGACCAUUUAAUUUAACGGGACUUAAUUAAUGACAUUAAUUAAUGUUUUUCAUUAACCAUUAAUAGUAAUGUUAAUGUUAAUGAAAAAAAUUAACAUUAAUAUUAAUGAUUAAUGAUUGAUAUGAAGCAAAUAUUUUUUUUAUUUUGAUUUUUUCAUGGAAGAAAAGUUAAUUUAAGAAAUACUGAGGGUAAUCUCGAUAAUUUUUCAGGACCUCUCUAAUGGAAACCAUCAUAACUAUUCAAGACAGACUUCAUGAGUCAAUCAAGAAAAUAAAUUCUAAGGAAAAAAUUAACAUACGUCAUUUUUUUUCAUUAAUUGGUAUCUCACGAAAAAAUAUCUUCAGAUUUCUAUGGUCUACAAAGCGAGAUACCAAAUAAUGGACCUGGCGUCCCAGAAAGGAAACUCGAUCUAAUUUUAUUAUCCGAAGAAUCAACAGUCAUCCCUGAUUAUUUUUUACAAGUUUAUUAUAUAUUUUCUCAUGAUUCAUUUUUAAUGUCUGGGGUCCCCUCAGGCAUCAAAAACAAUUAUUUUUGUCGCCGUUCAAUUAGAAGUCCCUAUAACUUGGCAGGACUCAGUGGUUUGAUUACAAAUCUAACAGUUUUUUCUUAAAUUAGUUGGAUAAUAACAAACGUCUAUAACACUUUUUGAAAGCCCUAAAAAACGUUUUUCAUCCAGACGUUCAUCAAAAAUCAAUUUAGGUUCACAAAAAGACUUACUCGACGAAAAUUCUUUUCUCUAUCAAGAUUUAUAAGGAGUUUGGAGACAUUCAAACCUUUCCCUACACAAUAAAUGCCAAAUACCGCCCAGAUUGGGCCAUAUUGUCAAAGCUACUGUUUGUUUAGCCUUUUGAAGUUAUAGUUUAUACAAGUGCAUCAGUAAGAUUUUCCUAUUAAAUAUGCAAUUCUAUGUGUUCUUUCUAAUAAAACUGUUUUAAACUUGAAAAUCGAUGUCUAGUAAAGCACUUUUGCUCAAAUAUGACUCAUAGAACCCAAUGUCUAUCAUUUUUGUUUCCUAUUCGACGCUUUUCGAACAGAACAAUCCUGGUUUGACUUCAAUCAAAUAUUAUAUUUAGAAUCAGCAUAAUGCUCUAUGUCCAUCUAUGUGUAUUUGAAAUUGUUUCUGCGGUCUUUUUUCGAUCAAAUUUUUGCUCCUGAUUCUCCUGAAAGAUAAAUGAAAAAAUAAAUAUGAUGAAAACAACUCUCGCAUUGGUUAUAAGUUCUGUAGGUUGUUUUGUGUUUUCGGCAAAUUUAACGCCUUGCACGUCGUGAUUGAAAAGGGAUAGAACUCUGAAAAUUUUAGUAUAAUUCGAAGUCAAAGAUACCUAACUACACUAAAAGUUUCAGACUUCUAUCACUUUUCAAUCAUAAGAUGGAAGGCCUUAAAUUUGUCUAAAACACAAAAAAAGGUGCAGAAUUUAUGUAUCAAUGGAAUAUUUGAUGGGUUAUUUAUUGAUCUUUUGCCUUCAAGCAGGUAUUUCACAAGUUUAAGGGAUUGUUUUGAUUGUAGAAAUGACUUUUUCAAUAAAUCAAUGUUUCACAUACUCAGUCGCCACGCGAAGUUUCGAAGAUUGUGAGAGGUGUAUGAUAAAUUAUGGUAUAUAAAUGGAGAUUUUCAAGAAAAUGUUGCGAAAAAAUGCGUAAAAUAUAGUGGAAAUGUGAGUCUAUAGGCUUUUUUAUUUCAAACUGAAUUCUAAAAUCAAAAAAACCACACCAAUUUCUUCCGAAUCAAACUUUUCUCGCUUGAUACUACGUAGUCUCACUAAAAACCCUUAGUCCCCCCUAGUCCUGCAAAGUCCCCCUUAGUCCCCCCCCACAAAAAGCUUAGUCCCCCCUUAGUUCCCUGUGCAGGGGACUAAAGCCUAUAGUACACAAAACCACAAGCACACCCUCACCCUCACUCGCGCGCCAACACCCACACCAUGGGUGUGGGUGUGGGUGUGGGAUCCACACCCAGACCCACACCCUCAGUCACCCCCCUCACUCCUAGACUCACGUUUCAGUUUGAAAUCAAGUAUUAUUUUUAUUUGAUAAAUUCAGACUGAAAUUAAAUAGCCCAUUGUAUGGGAAAUGUGCACGUGUUGUUGGGGAAGAACUAAAAGCUUUUGUUUAUUGAAGGAGACUCGCCUAGAUGCUCGCUUACAUGGAACCUGCAGAUAUCUUUUAGGGAAUCAACAGCAAAAAUUUAAUCAAAAAAAAGGUCAUAAAAACAACUUCAAAUGCUCACAAUCUGCGUGUAAAAAGUCUUUACACUAGGAGUGGACCAUUUUAUUUAAUGGGACUUUAUCACUGACAUUAAUUAAUAACUUCACUUAACCAUUAAUAUUAAGGGUUAAUGUUUUCCUUUAAAAAACUUCAUUCAUUAAACAUUAAUUCAUUAAUAUUAAGUCAUUAAUAUUAAUGAAAACGUUAACAUUAAUAUUAAUGUUAACGUUUUCAUUAAUCAUUAAUAUUAAUGAAUUAAGUUUUUAAAGGAAAACAUUAACCAUUAAUAUUAAUGAUUAAUGAAAAACAUUAACAUUAAUAUUAAUGUUAAUGAAAAAUAUUAAUAUUUAUUUAAGAUUAAUGUUAAUGGCCCACCCCUAGUCAAAGGUCAACUGCACAGGGGAACUACUCAGACAUUCCAAUCCAUUCCGAUCCAUUCCAAUCCAUCCCUAGCCGUUCCGAUCCAUUCCGAUCCAUUCCGAUUCAUUCCAAGCCAUUCCGAUCCAUUCCAAGCCAUUCCGAGCCAUUCGAAUGGCUCGGAAUGAGGUUUUUCCCCCUUGUCUCUAUCUCAUUCCUGCGAAAAGUUAUUCGAAAAAUACCCACGACCUUUUAUGUCUGAAAUGGACAGUAAAUUUGAUCAUAAUAGAUCCAUGAGUAGGAUGAGUUUCAUGGAUCUCGCUUGCAAUUUAUCAAUCGACAAACUGACUCUGCGGGAUUAUUUUCAACGAUGACGACAUCAAGCGAAAUUCCGGAAGCGAAUUGAGCCUACUCUACCGAUAAUGAAAUCUAUUUGGUCACUGAAUUCUUUUUCAGAAAUUACUAGUCGCACGUAGGGUGUGAAUGUGGAAUCUAAUGAAGCAUACUGACACUAGCAACCCUUUGUUGAUGUUUACAAACCGAUCUAAGCUUGAUUCAAAUGCUCAUUCAUAAAAUGCAUCCAGUCCAAUAAUAAUAUGUCUUAAGUAUUUGCAGAUACGGAAGAAUAACUUAUAGUCCAAAGAGAGCUAUAGUGUUCAGGACAAAAUAUAAGAAUCAAUGUAUCAUAAAUGUCUACGUCCGCUACAGAAGGGUGGGGUGUCGGUGUGGGUGUGGGUUUGGAUGGGCGGGUGCGGGUGCGAAUAUUACCUUUUGCACACCCACACCGACACCCAAACCCAAACCCACACCCACACCCACACCCACACCCC